AUGAAGAAUUUAGUUUUGAUAAUAUUUUCCGUCAGUUUGGUAUUGAAGCUCAGCAACUCGCUUAAAAUCGACUGCGACAAUCCCGAGUCGAUUAAGGAGGAUCGCAUACACUAUUGCUGCAAACAUCCCGAUGGCUAUCAGGAGGUCGUGGACUCGUGCGCAAAGGAGACAGGCUUCAAAUUCAUCAAACACGAUGAGGAGGCAAUGGUCGACAUAACGGUUGAUCAUGCCAUAAUGGGCACGUGCUUCGGCAAAUGUGUCUUCAAUAAACUGCAAUUCAUGAAAGGCGCUGAUUUGGAUAUGGCUGCGGUACGCACGCACUUCGAGAACAAAUCCAAAGCAGAUCCAGAAUAUGCAAAGGAAAUGAUUAAUGCAUUUGAUCACUGUCAUGGCAAAUCCGUUGAGAACACCGCGCAGUUCUUGUCCAAUCCAAUCUUCCGCCAAGCUCACGCUGAGUUCUGCGAUCCCAAACCGGGUGUCAUACUGGCCUGCGUAAUACGUGAGUUCUUCCACAACUGUCCUGCGGAUCGUUGGGCUAAAACGGAAGAGUGCAACACUGUGUUGGAAUUCAGCAAGAAAUGCAAGGAUGCACUGACGACUAUUUAA